UCUCAAGGGACGUGAACUCCGACGAGUACUGUAGUUUGAUGUUGCAUCGGGUCUUCCUUCUUAGCGCUAGCAAAAGCGCAGCAGAGUCUAGGAAGCUCCUGAGCGAAGCUUUGCGGGCCUUUUCCGACGAAUUCGAGGAGCCUAGUAUAGCCACCAUCAUGGCUACCACUCUCCUUUCAUCGUUGCUAUCCAAGGCGAAACCACAACUGGCCGGGGACUUGCUAAGUAAGUUGCUUCGGGAGUGUAUUUAUGAUUUCUGACAAUUGCUGAAUGUCAAUUAUGCUAGACAACGCCUUUGCAUGGCUUGACUCGCACACGCAGCGUAACCUCCUCCAGAAUGUAUCCCUAAACAAGAUUACCAAACUUUUAGAAAAGGUUCAUGCUAUUGCGGAGGAAGAAGGGUUUAGGUUGCGCGCGCACCGCGAUUACGGUGACGACCAGCUCUCGCUGACUACGUCGCAAGCGCGUGGGCAAGGGGCAGAAUCGAUCAUUACCCACACGCCCACGCAAAGGGGUGCCAACAUCAACGUUCCGUCGGAACAAUUCGCCUCGUCUUUGCCUCCGAGACAGACCCCAUCACAACCAUCUUUGGGAUACACCACUGCAGCUACAUAUCCAUUCCCCUUGCCCAAUAUGCUCCCCCCAGGUGUCAUUGAUGGCGCUACAAUGUCCUUUAUGCCUCGGCACAGUGCAUCAACCGACGGCAUGCGCUGCCGGUUUGAUACCUAUCCUAGCGCUUCAGGCCCUAAUAAUCCUCUCAUGCCUGUAACGGACCUACCACUACAGACAAUGGAUAUGGGUGAUCAGUCCUUGCCUGACGACCAAGGUGCACCAAUUGUAAUGAAUUUUUCCAGUACUUGUCUGCUUACGAUCUCUCCGAAUAGCAGGGUUUUUAUGGUGAUGGUGGGAGUAGAGAUGAGGCGGGCCGCGGGUGGGAUGCUUUCGUUAUGGGUCGGUGAAAUGGAGGAUCACAGUCGUUAAGAAGCAUACGAUACACUUCCUUUUCGUAUUUAUCGUGCGGGUUCACAACCAUCUGCUGCAGGACAGGCCCAGAUGUAUCUACUGUGUCUCGAUUUUACACUGUGUGUAUGUGAGAUUUCUCGAUAUUUUACUAGCUG